AUGGGAAAGUCUAUAGAGUUAGCGAAGAUCCUCCAGAAGAGAAAAAUCAACAUAGCUUCCGUCCAGGAUACUAGAUGGGUGGGUUCGAAGGCUCAAGAUGCUGAUGGGUUUAAAUUGUGGUACUCAGGACGCGAGAAAGGUAAGAAUGCGAUAGGUAUCUUGGUUGAUAGGGAACUUAGGGAGCUAGUUGGAGAAGUUAGGAGGGUGACUGACAGGCUAAUGGCUAUUAAGCUGGGUGUGGGAGAGUCUACUUUAAAUGUGAGUAGUGCUUACGCGCCUCAAGUGGGUUUGAACGAGGAGAUUAAGAGGCAUUUCUGGGAAGACCUUGAUGGGUUGGACUGUGGUAUUCCACACACCGAGAAGUAA